AGAAUGAUAGGUGAAGAAAACUGUGGAUAUGAUGAAUCUGGAUCUGUUGAUAAACUACCAAAAUCUGUCAAGUAUUUGUUUGAGUGCCCGGUUUGCCUGGAUUUUGCCUGGCCACCGAGAAAAAUAUUCCAGUGCCAGGAGGGGCAUAUAGUGUGUGAAGUGUGCUACAGUAACACUGAUCUUCAGAACUGUCCAAUCUGUAGAAUCCCAAUACGGGAGCAAGGACAAGUCUCGAGGAACAGACAACUUGAAGAACUGUCCUCGGCACUCUACGCUUUGGAACCGUCGUCUUCCACCUCCGGUCCCCCGCCUGUCUCAGGGAACGCUAUACUGGCCGGACAUCAGCUGACUGGAACUCAAUUACGGUCCGGAACACCAAUCCUGGAUCCUAAUGCCCCAUCUGCUCCACCAUACAGUUCCAUCACGGUGGCUGGUGUUGAGAAUUCAGAGGCUGCUGAUCAGAGGUCAGAGGAUUAUAUAGAGGAGGAGGGGGAGGAUACAGAUGAAUCAGAGGAAUCUGAGGAGGUAUCUAUCUAUCUAUCUAUCUAAAAGUAUCUAUCUAUU